AUGUCGAAUAUUAAAUUUAAUUUUCAAUUUCUACGUUCCUUAAAUAAACUGCUUAAAGUAUUAUGGAUCAUGAUUCUUACUUUUGGACUAUUCUACUGCAUCAUCUCGUCAUACUUAAAAUGGCAAAUUUACCCAGAUAUCGCACAAAGUACAAAGCUAAAACCAGCAAGUGAAAUUCCAUUUCCAGCUGUCACAAUCUGCACAACAGCUUUUGACUAUCGUAUUCAAGAUUUGACUAAUGUACAGUACAUAGCUGAAGAUUUUUACGAUCAUUUCAGCAUAAUGGAAUUGACAAUUGAGCAACAAAACUAUUUACAGCUAUUUUAUCAUACGUGCCGUCCAGAACUCUAUACUGAUGACGUCAUUACAAAGCUUUUACCUAAUCGAACUGAAAAGAAUGUCCUGAAGUUACUUUAUGAUGUUUUAGAUCCAAUGCAAUACAAUUUUUGUCAAUUCAAAGGAAUUAUGAUUAGAUGUGACUUGCUGUAUUCAAGAACAUUUACAGAUUACGGAGCAUGUGAAACAUAUAAUUGGCAGGGUCAUGAUGUUGUCUUCAAGCAAGAGAUAGUCAGCGAAAACUAUACAAUAUUCAAAAGUAAUGACAUAUCUGAAUAUCCAGUCACGAAUAUAAUGCUAAGAUCCAAAAACGGAAAGAAAAAGCAAAGGAAAAGAAUUAGAAAUAAUAAAAUUUAUUGGAGUCUCGAAGAUGGAUAUUUAACAGAAAAGGAAGAAGUCUGGCCUGUUAGAGCUGAAAGGAAGCACUUUGUAACAUUCAAUAUCAGAUGGUCAAAUGAUUAUCAAGUUGAUUUUUGUGCAAGUACAGGCGGUGGAUUUAUUUUUAUGCUACAUCUUCCAAGUGAAAUGCCAACAACAAUUCAUGAAAAAUAUUUUGUUGGAUUUAAUGACGAUAAAAAAGUUAUGGUCACUGCAAAGUCAUACAAAACUAGGGAAAAUUUGCGUCAUUUAAAUCCACAUAAAAGACAAUGCUAUUUUCCAGGAGAAAAGCCAUUAAAAUUUUUCAAAACUUACACAAAAGCACACUGCGAAUAUGAAUGCAUGACAAAUUACACAUUAAACAAAUGUGGAUGUGUAAAGUUUUCAAUGCCACACACUAAAGUCACUCCAAUAUGUGACCUUGAAAAAGUUUAUUGUUACUAUAAUGCCACACAAAAUUGGCCUGAUCGCAAUGAUGAGCACUUUAAGAUACCAUGUGAAUGCUAUCCGCCAUGCAGCAAUAUUGAGUAUAGCGUGCAAAGUGAACGGACUGGAAAGAGUGUCACAUUUAUGGAAAAGGAUGAUAAGUAA